CGCGCCUUCGUAUGAGCCGUGUGUCGCUGCCGGCCCCCCGCGCCCCGCGCCGUCUCUCGCCCGCAUUCUAGUUGUGGGUGUCGCGCCGUGCAGUCCUCGCGUGUGCCGCCGAACUCAGUGCGCCGUUUGUGAGUGCUAUAGUUCCCGCCCGAGUGUCUGUGUGACGGAGAUCCCGUAGCCCGCCGCAGAGGAUGUUAACAGCGCACGGUAGCAGCUGUUGACGUCUGCAGUAGAAGCCAAACACCGGCGACUUUCGUUCUUGCCCCGCUCCCCAAACCCUCUCCAAGAUUGCUGCCACCAUGGGUCGGAAGAAAAUACAAAUAUCGAGAAUCACAGACGAACGGAAUCGACAGGUGACGUUCAACAAGCGCAAAUUCGGUGUGAUGAAGAAGGCGUAUGAGCUGAGCGUGCUCUGUGACUGCGAGAUCGCACUCAUCAUCUUUAGCUCCAACAACAAACUGUACCAGUAUGCUAGCACGGAUAUGGACAAGGUUCUCCUUAAAUACACGGAAUACAACGAGCCGCACGAAUCCCUGACGAACCGCAACAUCAUCGAGGCCCUAACGAAGAAAGAGCAUAAGAACGGAGUGAUGUCACCCGACAGCCCUGAAGCGGAACCGGAAUACAGCCUGACCCCACGGACCGAAGCCAAGUACUCGAAGAUCGACGAAGAAUUCCAAAUGAUGAUGCAAAGGAACCAGUUGAACGGAAGCAGGGUCGGAGUUGGCGUGACUGGAAGUAACUACAAUCUACCUGUGAGCGUCCCAGUGGGCAGUUACGACCAAUCCCUGCUGCAAGCUAGUCCUCAAAUGCAUACUUCUAUCAGUCCACGGCCCUCGUCUUCGGAAACCGAUUCAGUGUACCCUAGCGGCGGAAUGCUUGAGAUGUCGAACGGAUACCCGGGAUCUGGGUCCCCCUUGGGCGCGGGGUGUACCCCAUCCCCCUCGCCGGGACCCGCGCCCUCUCCCCACCGACAUUCGCACAAGCCUCACCACGCACCGCCGCCGCAUCACUCGCCUCGACACAACAACCUACGCGUCGUCAUACCCAGCUCCAUGCCACCACCGCAGGAUGACAUAUCAUAUACUGGAGAGACACCACUAAGCUACUCAGGACUUGGCAACUUCGGACCGCAGGACUUCAGCAUGAGCUCGGACAUGGGAAUCGGACUAUCUUGGGGCGCCCACCAACUGCAGACGUUACAGCACAACAGGUACAUCAGUAGCAGCCUACCAGUGCUCGGCGGGGGUGGGACGCCGCCGCCGACCGCGUCGUCGCCUAGCAACGUAAAGAUCAAAGCCGAGCCCGUGUCGCCUCCACGUGCGCCUGAUCAUCUCCACCGCGCCCCGCCCCAGCCCGCGCCGCAGCCGGCCCACCUAUCUGGAGUUAUCGAUGGUUCAGUGACGUCAAGUAAUAUGGGCUCGCCGGCCGGGCAGGACAUGCGCCACGCCAACACCGUCCCUCUAGACUACGAACAGCCGCACUCAAAGCGGCCGCGGAUCGAGGGCUGGGCCACAUAGCUAGGCUACGAGGCCUUCGGGUCCUACCCGAGGCCCCUCCACCCGCACUGCUAAACCCGCUCCGGUCCCGUGGCCCCCACUCGCGGCCCCUAACGAGCUUCAGUACCGUCCUGGUGCAACCAACUCGUGACAGUGCUAUCAAGUCUGAUAAGGUGCAUCACAACCCACGGUGCUUCUACAUGGCACGGCCAUUGGUGCGACGGCACACAAACCCUGAACCCUUCCAAUGGGACUACAUACCCUUGUGAAGAUUCCCCAAGGAAUCCUCGUAAACACGAAGUUGAAUGUACAAGUACACGUCACUCUUCUAUUAUACGUAAUUAUUAUAAUGCACUGCAAGUACACUAAAGAGUAAGAUGGAUGUUUAAAUUAAGUACAAUAUAAAAUAGCUGCAUCCCUGAUCAAUUUUGAACAGAACUACUUAUAGAUAGAUUUCUAAUUCCCCUGUACAUAGACGAUAUUAAAUGUGCAAUCCGUGCCAUUGUCUGUGUAGCUUAAAGUUAGUCAAUUUAAAUUUAGUGACUAUUGCGGUUGAACAAAUAGCGGAGGUAUUGUGGAGCCGUGCCGCGCCGCACAUGCGCACCGUGAGCUCGGCUCGCGGCCCGCGCUCACCACGGACUAUAUUCAAAGUGUGAAGUGCGUUUUAAGACUAUAAACGACUGUUGACUUUUGUGUUAGUGUUAAAGUUUUUUGUGCCAUUUUAAAAAUAUAAUAAUAGUGUGACAUCCGAACUUUGAAUCUUUGUAAAAUAAGUAAGCGUAGUGUCAACACAGAAGAUAAUAAAUUAUGUAUUGUAAAACUUUAUCUAUUGACAUAUUUAUACAUGAGAAUCAUAUGAUAUUUACAUAAUAUGUAUACACGUCCCAUUAGGAACGAAUGUUAUGUAAGUAAAGUAGAUAAUGUUAGCUAGAGAUGAGUAUAAAGGUACCACACGAAGCUUUAAAAUUUCUUAUGAUAACACUCGCACUCUAAGCAGUCCUUUAAGUGUAUACUCACAUUCUAUACGAACAACUAGAGCUCUUCAAUUUGAAGUCAUUUUAAAAUAAUCUACAAAAAUAAAGCGUAAUUUUGUAUAAUCACUUUAGCAGCUGCAUAUUUUGCUAUAAAAGAUAUUUUGGUUUUAAUAACACGUAAAUCACAGUUAUUGGCAUAAAUAGAAAGUUUAUUUUCUUAUUCACUAUUGAAAGAAAUCGUUCGAAAGUAUUUUUCAUGCGAGCGGUUCUCGUUGGCAGACCAAAAAUCGAGUCAAUUUCGAAUAUCAUACGUUUUUAAUACUUGUUAAAUGUUAAGGAAACACUUAGUGGCUAUCACUGAGAAAACAAGCUUAAGUAGUAGAACUUUUUUAUUUUGUUAAUGUGAUCUGAAGACACUGGGUUUUUAGUUCUGUUAUCGUAAAUUAUAUUGUAAUAUAAUAUUACAAAACGAGAACUCAGCUUUAAGCACACUACAAAUAUAAUAUAGUAGAUUGUAUAUUCAUAUUCACAAGAUGUCAUAUUUUGGUAAUGCACUAUCACGGUCCGCCCUAUUUGUAAAUUAUAUUUAUACACUUUACAUACACAUAGGAGAUAAUAUUAUAUUAUAUCACAAACGUGUGUAAAUGUUACCUGUGUCCCUCCUGUUACUAUGUCCUCCUGAAUCAUCCAUUCCCAAGUUUCCUCAUCAUCAUGCGUGUUUCCUCAUUUCCGUGUCUGUUGUUGGGUAGAUCUUCGAACACCGGUGGUUAACACAAACAUGUCCUAGAAUCGUAAUUUGAUGACAUGCACCAGUUCUAACUGGAAAUUUGAUAAAGACAGCAGAUUCGUGUUAAAAGCAGGGACUCCCGAUUCUAGGAUAUUUUUGCAUUCAUGGUUACGUUAUUGACUUCUGGGGGGUUAAAAUCGAAGCAUUAUUGCAAUUUGACAUUUGCAAAGUAAGUGCGCAAUGCAAUCAAAUGUCAUAUAGCAAUAUUGCUUUUUUAGAUGAAUUCGAUGUGGCCUUUUUAACCCCCCUUGGUGUUCAAAGAACUACUCAGUUCCGAUACUACCCGUAGUAUCCGCUCCCACUUCACUAUACCCUCUCAUAUCAUCUCACUGUAGAUGCCUUACUCACAGUGCCUAAAUGUACCAUUUUUUACCAAAAUUUGUACGAUACGAAUACAUUUGUGCAUCAUAUUUUUCACAUCCUGGUAAUUUUAAGAAACGUUAAAUAUUAUGACCGUAGAACUGUCAGUAAUUACGUAAAGCUUAUUAUAUGGAGUAUAUGCAUAAUGUAUCUGUCUGUAGAUAAAAGUAAUGAUAAUAAUGAUGUUUACUUUAUCCAUCUUAAAACUGUAUUAACUCAAAACAGUGAAACUGUUUGUCGAAAUAAAUUAUGAUAAACUAUGUGAUUGUAUCUGUGUAAAUUAUUGUAAGUGACAACUUUAUAGCCUAGGCGUAAAGAUUUUUAGAAAGUAAAAUCCUUCAAAUCACAAUAACAAAAUGUUAAUGUAUAUUUGUUAAAUUUGUACAGGGAAGUAACCAGUUUUGAAGUUCAAAAGUCUGAACGGAUAAGAAAAUGUAUUUUCGCAUUGUAAAAUAUUAUACACGGUUAGUUUUAAACGAAUUAAUAUUUUAAUACCGGAGCAUAAUUAAUGUUGACCCGUGUUUAGGGAAUAAUUCGUGUACACCUUAAAUGUUAGAGUAAAUUGUUAAUGUGAUAUAAAUACACUACACUGUUGCGAUCCUUGAAUUUUAAUAUUCUAAAAUUUCGUUGUUUGAAGAUGAUUUUUCGGUGGUUCCUAAUAGUUCCUUUCUCUAAACGUUGGCGUGUAAUGUUGUUCAUUAGAAUUUGCUCAAUCGUGUUUGUUUACGAUACAGCGAACAGUGUAAUGAUACCUUAGAGCUGGUUUACGAUACGUUAUGAUUCGAAUCCUGAGACGUUAUGUUUGCUUUAGUAGCAGGAGAGUGGAAACCGGUAGUCUCUUACGAAUUUGUACAAUAAUUUAUAUAUCACGUAUAUCGUUGUUACCUACAUACCUAUCACAAUCUGAUCACUGACCAAACUGUCCAAUAAUGACUAUAAUAGACACUGUAUUAAAGUCCAAUAUAUUCUUAGUCAUAUUGCAAUUUGCACAAAAUGAUAAUGUUAUAUAACUGGAUAGAGGAAUGGAGUUUGUUCUUUAUUAUGUAUCUUUUGAAAGAUGUCUCCAUUUACAUCUGUGGAUGAUUUCACAUAAUAUAUACGUAUGUAUUUAAGGGUGUUCCGUCACCCCGGAGUUAUAUUCUAUCGGAUCUUUGUAUAUUCAACAGUAAGCUGGUAUUUGGGAGCAUAAUUUCCGAGGUUGUGAGCUUUGCAUCGGGAAUGAGUUCGACUUUUAAUUAAUAAUAUUUAAUGUAUUCAUUUCGACGCACAACUGUGUUGUGUGUUAUUGUAAAAAGAGUUUGCUUGGUUUGUUUCGUAGAUGUACCUACUUUCGUGUAUGUUUUACCUGUAUUUAUCCUGCUGUGUGCCAAUAGCAAAGGGCUACCCGAUCUACUUGUAUCCUUGUAGAAAGAUUAUUUAAUUGCAUUUAUAUAAAACGUAGUCGUAAGUAUAAAAUGUUUAAAAUCACAGAUUUUGUCAUAAAAGUAGAUGUUGCGAAGUGUCCCCUGACUUUUUGCUAUUGCUUCACAGCCAAUUGUGGACAACCCAAAUAGAAUAUAGGAAUAUAAAAUACAUAUCCUUAUUAAAUACUCAAGUCGAUUUCACAUAAUUUUCUCUUGUAACAUCAGUUGUGCAAUACAUAUAACAAAAUGCUUAGGUAGGUAUUAGGUAUAUUUUCGUUUGAAUUUACAAAGAAUGCAAAAUCUGUUGUAUUUUAUAUUUUAUCGAUAUUUUUACUGAUAAUGUGGGAAGCGCGUUGCCUUUUCGGCAUUGCCUCUCGGAAUUUUAAGUCAUAAUGUGUAAUUAUUUUUUAAGCUAAGGCCGGGCCAAAUAUUGCAUUAAUUAGGUCUUACGGCGCCUGUCUUUUCUGUGUUGAGGCAGCCAUCUGCCCUGUGUAUAAAGUGUACGAUGUGACAUCUCAGUGGCUGAAUGAAAUAUUAAUGUUUAUCAACAGUGUUAGAAAAUUGUUAUAAAUUAUUUUGAUGACUGUUCGAAGGAUAAUAAAGAGUUGGAUGUCA